AAGAAUCCAAACAUAUUUAAACGUUUAACCUAUUGAUUUUGGAAGUCUUCAUUACAUUUUUUUUUGUCUCUGGUAAAAGUAUUCUACUUAUCAUGUUUAAUUUAUGAAUGAUUAGAAACCGCUUCGUUUUGAUAACCGCUUAAGCGUCUCAUCUAAAUGGGCCGAAUGUCAAACAGCUUCCUACGUCCUACAUUAGGUCACUAUAUAGGACAUGAAGCAAAGGCGAGUUAGUGCACUCAAUAUAGUGCAGAAAGGCAUUUGGGAUUGAACCUCAGCUGCAGCAUUAUGGACCCUAUGUAUGAAGUUAGCUGCCUGCUAACGUGUAAGUUCUUUAGUAACUGAGAACUAUGAGCGAAAUUAAUUUAAAGGUUGUGAAAACAGCAUGGAGAAUUAGUUAUUUGCUUUAAAAAAAUGGCUCUUGCGGCGUUACAAAACACGAGUGUGUUUUAUCGGAGGAUUCUGUCUCAGUUUCCACAAGACAUUAGCUUAGCAUUUGCCUAUGGAUCUGGAGUGUUUAAGCAGGCUGGGGCCAGUCAAGGUCAGAUGCGGAAUAACAUGCUGGACUUUGUGUUUGCUGUGGAUGACCCCAUCACUUGGCACACCAUGAACUUAAUAGACAACAGAAGACACUACUCCUUUCUGAAAUAUCUCGGUCCAAGGCACAUCAGCAACAUUCAGAAUGACUAUGGAGCCAGAGUGUACUACAACACCCUAGUCCCCUCAGAGGAAAGGGUCACUGAUCAAGUACGGCGUCAUCAGCACGGAUGCCCUGAUGGACGACUUGCUUCACUGGAAAACGAUGUAUAUAGCAGGCAGACUGCACAAACCUGUGCGGAUUCUGGUGCAGAAGGAGAACACGAAGCUGCGAGCUGCUCUGGUAGCCAAUCUGAAGAGUGCAGUAAUCGCCUCCUUCCUCAUGCUUCCAGAGAGUUUCUCAGAGGAAGAGCUUUUCCUCAACAUCGCUGGACUCUCGUACUCCGGAUGGUGAUCGGUGAAGAUAAAUCCAAAGUUUCCAACAUUGUGAAGGACAACAUGGAGCACUUCCGGAUCUUGUAUAAUAAUAUUCUCCAAGAAUGUCCACAGGUGGUUUACAAGCCACAGCAGGGGAAGCUGGAGGUGGAUAAGAGUCCAGACGGCCAGUUUACCCAGCUGAUGGCUCUGCCUCGCACGCUGCAGCAGCAGAUCACACGACUGGUGGAUCCUCCGGGGAAGAACCGUGACGUGGAGGAGAUCCUGCUGCAGCUCGCUCAUGACCCAGACUGCGGCCUUCUCGUACAGCAAGGUAUCUCAACGAUUGUGAAAACCUCCAGCAUAACACAGAGUGCCAAAGGAGUUGCUACAGCAGGACUUGUGAAAACAGUGUCAUAUAGUGUGAAAAAGCUUCGGAAGAUGCUCAAAGGCUGGAGGAGGAAGCCACAGUGAUUUCUUAAAAAGUUGUGUUUGUGUUUUCUAUUUCUUUUUGUAUAUAUUAAUUCACCACACGGUCAUGUCUAAAUGUAAAACAGUAGCGCUAUGGAGAUAUUUAAGUGAGGACUGAGGUUUAUUUAUGUUGACAUGUGAUUUGUGUCCAGAAUAAAUGUUGUGAAAUGCUUAGGCUGGUUACACAGCCCAGUCUUGGGUGUUUUGUCAUCUUUCAUUUUAAUGUGCACUGUACGUACAUGUAUGCUGAGGAUUGCAAAACAGGUUAUCGCUGAUGACGCUGUUAAAGUAAUGAAUAAGCAAAACAGUAGCAUGGCUUUGUGGCUGCAGAAAACAAAAACCGCAAGAAAAUGUCUGGACUUUUCAGCUUUCGGAAUGAUUGAUGUAUAUAUAAAUCGUAUGUACUCUUCAGCUUUUAUGGCUUUAUGAAAGUGUUAAAGUUUCAUGUUCAUAUUCACACUCAUCUCUGAACCCCAAACUGCCCAACGGUCGAAGAUUCAACAGAAAUAAAGGAGUGAUCAUGAGGUACAAUGAGACUUUCUGGUGUUUACAGUACAACAGUCCAGCUGUAAAUCCCCUUGUGCUGCUGAUUAAAAAAUCAAAAGAUUUAACAGCAUCAAGUUUCUAGAAAGGAAAUAAAAGAAAAUAAAUUUAAAAUACUGAUAGGAAAUGUUCCAGAUUUACAGUUUAUUUUAUUUUUUGCCCACUAGAGGACACAAGUGUACACUUGACUAGUGACUGAAUAUUUAUCUUAUUAUAAAUAAAGCAUCACUAAUAUUUAUUAUGAGAUGGAUGAUAUUUUUUUUUAAGUUUUACGUGGCUUAAUGU